AUGGAUGAAACACCAUCUAGUUCUGGGCAAUCCGAAGCUAGUUCAUGUGAACCUAAUUGGUGGCCACCAGACUUAUUAGAGAAGAUAGAGUCUGCUUCCAUAUCAAGGAAGCAGGAUGUUUUGGGUAAUCUAAGGUCCUCAUCCUGGAAGGCUUCUCAAUUACUGUGGUCAACAGGAUCUUAUUCAGGGUUAAUCCCUAAUGGUUUCUAUUCAAUCAUCCCGGAUAAAAAGUUGAAGAAGACUUUCCCAACAAUUCCAUCACUAGAUGACUUGCAAAAUCUUGAAGCAGAUGGGCUUAAGGCUGACAUAAUCAUUGUAGACACUGAGAGGGAUAAGAAGAUUUUCAUGUUGAAGCAGCUUAGUGUUGCACUUGUGAAAGGGUUAAGCUCUAGCCCAGCAUUAGUGAUAAAGAAAAUAGCAGGUUUGGUUUUUGACUGCUUCAAGCCACAAAAUCCUGAUGCCUGUCCAGCAAGAGGCUCGAUUGAAGAUACCCAUUUCUUUGGAAAUAAAGGACCACAACUUCUAGGGCAGAUAAGACAUGGAUCAUGCCGACCCCGAGCUAUUCUAUUUAAAGUUCUUGCAGAUGCCGUUGGCCUUGAGAGUAAACUUGUAGUUGGUCUACCUGAUGACGGUGCUGUUGGAUUUGUGGACUCUUACAAACAUAUGUCUGUGGUAGUUUCGCUAAACUCUAUGGAACUGCUAGUGGAUCUUAUGCGAUUUCCAGGCCAGUUGAUUCCGUUUUCAGCUAAGGCUAUCUUUAUAUCGCAUAUAUCUGCUGCGGGGGAAAGUGACUCAGCUGAAAAUGACUCCUGUGAUUCUCCCCUUGAGCCCAACAGCCCUCUUUAUGGAUUGUCUGAUAAAGUUGAAGCUGAAGGAAUUGAAUCUUCAUCAAAUCUAUCUGGACGAUCACUGUGUAAUAUGAUGUUGAGAUCAAGGACAUUUUCUGAAGGGAAAUUAAGCACGUCAUGUAGUGAACCAAAUAUAGCAAAUGCCUUUUGGAGGCGCAGCCAAAGGAGAGGAGUUGCCGAGGAACCCCGUGGUGCUAGUUCCAGUCCUGAGCAUCCAUUAAUGAGAGCAAGGGGAAGAUCUAUACUUGGUGGUGAGAAGCAAUCAUUUCAAGAAUACACAGAAUCUGGAGCUGCUUCAAGAUCAGAUGGUCUUGAGGGCACUUCAACUUCUAAUGCUCGAAGAAUAAGGCGAAGAAGCAUUAGCAUCACCCCUGAGAUUGGAGAUGACAUUGUGAGGGCAGUUCGGGCUAUGAACGAAACACUAAAGCAAAAUCGCCUCCAAAGGGAUCAUGUCGAAGGUUCAUGCUCAUAUGUUACGGAAGACCAAAGCAACGCCAAUGACUGCCCAAAUAAAGAUGAUGCAUCUCGGGGAAUUGGUGCUAUUGACAGUGACUCAAGAAACCGAACUGGUUCUACUCAGAAGGCCGUGUCAUUACCUUCUUCGCCUCAUGAAUAUAGGGGUCAAGUUACCCCCAAAAAUGAUGAUUUUAUAAGUAAAGAGAAGAUGGCAUUGGCAUGGAACAAAGUUUUCCAGAGCUCCCCAUUUCUUAAUAAGCCUUUGCUGCCGUUUGAGGAAUGGAACAUAGAUUUCUCCGAGAUAACAAUUGGCACGCGGGUUGGAAUAGGAUUCUUUGGAGAAGUUUUCCGUGGUAUAUGGAAUGGAACUGAUGUUGCCAUCAAAGUGUUUCUAGAACAGGAUCUGACAACUGAAAACAUGGAAGAUUUUUGCAACGAGAUAUACAUCCUGAGCCGGUUACGACACCCAAAUGUUAUAUUGUUUCUUGGUGCAUGCAUUACACCUCCACACUUGUCAAUGGUUACUGAAUAUAUGGAAAUGGGAUCACUGUACUAUCUCAUCCAUACGAGUGGUCAGAAAAAGAAACUUAGUUGGCGUAGGAGGUUGAAAAUUAUCCGUGAUAUAUGCAGGGGAUUGAUGUGCAUACACCGCAUGAAGAUAGUUCACAGGGAUCUCAAAAGUGCAAACUGCCUGGUGAACAAGCAUUGGACUGUCAAGAUCUGUGACUUUGGUCUAUCUCGAGUGAUGAUUGAUAGUCCUAUGACUGAUAAUUCCUCUGCUGGCACCCCAGAAUGGAUGGCCCCUGAGCUUAUACGGAAUGAACCUUUUACAGAGAAAUGUGAUAUAUUCAGCCUUGGUGUUAUCAUGUGGGAGCUGUGCACGUUGAGUCGCCCAUGGGAAGGCAUCUCCCCAGUUCAAGUGGUGUACGCAGUUGCUAAUGAAGGGUCACGGCUUGAGAUUCCUGAAGGACCUCUCGGCAGGUUAAUUGCAGAUUGCUGGGCAGAGCCUGAGAAUCGGCCGAGCUGCCAGGAGAUCCUAACCCGUUUGCUGGACUGCGAAUACACUGUCAGCUGA